AUGUUGUUCAAAUCUCUUUUGGCUUUCUCGAGCUGUGUUGGAAGCGAUGUUAACCUUACCGCUUUGCAGCUUUCUCGACUCAAUCUGUGCUUCCAGAAUAACAUAAAUUUAUCAACUCGAAAUCUUCAAGUCAAUCAACAAUCUGGUUUCAGUUUAGUCUGUGAUAGAUUACAAGUAUUACAACAAAAGACAGAUUCUUGUCGUCAAGAAAUCACAGAAGGACAUACUGAUCUAAGAACUUCGAUUGCUAAAUUAGAUCAAUUAAGGCAAGAAUAUUCAGCUGCCUUACAACCUGUAUCUGGUAAUUGCUUAAGUUCUCCUUGUAGUGGAAGUCAAAAUGAUGUCUUGAGAUUUAAAUCCAGUGUGGCUUCGUGUCUUCAAUCUUUAAACUCAGUAGUUUCCUACAUGAGUAUGCAUUUCUCAGGCUCUUUUGAACUCUCUUGCAAACCGAUAUUUUCAAAUCUAUGGGCUACCCUUCAACCUGUUUUCGCAAGUGCCCAGUCUAUUGGUACAGACCUGAAGAGUUUUCUCUCUGGACUGAACCUCAACUACGAUGCCUUUUCUAAACUCGAUUUCGGAAUCAGUAGUGUUUUCCAACAUAGCUCAAGCGGUAGCAUCAGUAUCGGUCAAGGAGUCAGUUCGGGUGCUGGCUCUAUCCCACCUGGGCCAGCCUCCGGUGCUGGUGCUGGGUUCCAGGGUGGUGCCGGUAUAAGUUCCGGACAAGGUGUCAGUGUUGGUUCUGGGCACAGUGCAGGUGAAGUCUCUGGGCAAGCCGGUGGGGCUGCUGCUGGUUCUAUUCCUGGCUCUAUUUCUGUGAACGGUGGUGGCGCUAUAUCUGGUGCUGCCGACGCUAGUUCCAAUGGUCGUGUUGGUAUCACACUCGGGCAAGGUGCGGGCGUGAGCGCUGGGCAAGGUGCUAUUGUUAGCUCUGGGCAAGCCCCUGGGCCUAUCUCUGGAUAUGGCUCUGGCGGUAGUGCUCUGAGCAUGGGUGGUCCUGGUCCUGCAUCUAGCUACGGUUCUGGGGGAGAAGGUGCUGGGAUCAUGGGUGGGCAAAUCCUCGGCGCUGGCGAUAUCUCUGGAUAUGGCGCUGGUGCCGACGGCGCGGGUUCUACAGUGCAAGUAGGCAUUAAUGCUGGGUACGGAGCUAGUGCUGAAGCUGGAUACAAUAUUGGCGGUGAUCCCGGCUUCGAUCUCGGGGGUGGUGUCAAUCUCGCAGGAAACCCAGCUUUGGGACCUGGAGGUAUCGGGGGCAUUACUAUUUCUCAAUACAGAGCAUAA